UUGAGCAAAGACCGGCGGAGCUGCGUAGUGGAGAGUUGGGUCGACCACGGUGGAUAUUAGUGAGAUUGGGUGUCCGAUGGCUUUAGAGGAAGGAGAUGGCUCGUGCCCUUUUAGGAAAAAUAAUGGAGACAGCCCUUGCCGCAAGAAAGGCAUGCUCUACACGGAGUACCUACGCCUAGAUAGGCUUCUUUCAGCACAAAGGCCCCUUAGCGCAGAAUACAACAAACCUGUCCAUGACGAACACCUCUUUAUUAUCACCCAUCAAGCCUAUGAAUUAUGGUUCAAACAAAUCAUUCACGAACUAGAUUCAGUUCGGGGAAUUUUUGGUCACAACAUGUUGGACGAAUGUCAAACUCUAGAAGUUUUAAAAAGACUAAAUCGAGUCGUUCUCAUAUUGAAGCUGCUCGUAGACCAAGUCAUGAUUUUAGAAACGAUGACACCCUUAGAUUUUAUGGACUUUCGAGAUUACCUAUGUCCAGCCUCAGGCUUUCAAAGUCUUCAGUUUAGACUCCUAGAAAAUAAACUUGGCCUAAAGCAGGAACACAGGGUUCGCUACAACCAACACUACGCUCAAGUUUUCGGCGGCGACGAGGAAGCCCUGGAUCGGAUCAAAGCUUCCGAGACGGAGCCCAAUCUAAUGCAUUUAGUUCAAAAAUGGUUGGAGCGGACGCCCGGUCUCAACGCUGAUGGCUUCGGUUUCUGGUCCAAGUAUGAGAACGCUGUCAAUAAAAUGCUGAACGCGUUAAGGGAUUCCGCAUUGGAAUGCAGCUCGGAAGCAGAGAGCAAGCAGCGAAUGGCGGACUACGAAAAGCGGAAGCUCAUCUUCGACUCUGUGUUCGACCCGAAGAUCCACCACGCCAUGGUCGGGCGCGGCGAGAGGCGCUUCUCCCACGGGGCGCUCCAGGGCGCCAUCAUGAUUAAUUUCUACCGCGACGAGCCCCGUUUCAGCCAGCCCUUCCAAAUCCUCUCCCUCCUCAUGGACAUAGACUCCCUCAUCACCAAAUGGCGUUAUAAUCACGUCAUAAUGGUCCAAAGAAUGAUAGGCUCGCAAAAUUUAGGAACUGGAGGAUCCUCAGGAUACCAUUACCUUCGCUCGACUCUGAGCGAUCGUUAUAAAGUGUUUUUGGAUUUGUUCAACGUUUCCACAUUCCUUCUACCAAGAAGCUACGUUCCCCCUCUUACGAAAGGCAUGAAGAAGCAGCUGUCGUUUAGCUGGGCCCAGACGUCCAGCGUCACAGAGAAGAACUACUUGAAUUCCGAGAAUGAAGAAAUUGUUGACGAGGACUCGGAAAAAAUCAUUUUUCCAAUUGUUUAAGCGGCGCACCAAGCCCUCAUCGAGAAUGUCAAAAUAAAUGUUGCCAAAUCUUCUGCUAAACAACAAUAAUUUCAGCACUGAUUCCCAUCACUUUUUUUGGAGUCUACUUAAAAUAUUUGCAGAGGAUGAACUUCAAAUUUUUCAAAAACGACUUUCAGCAGACCAUAAAAUUAUGGAUCACAGUUAAGGCUGUGCACACUAACAUUCCUAUGAAACAGCAUUUAAAUACAUUUUAUUCACAUCAGAAAAAGAGAAAAAUUGUCGGAGUAUAAAAAGGGUGAGAGAAAACGCCAGUUUCUGAGAAAUGAUAACGCUGUUCCUGAAUUGACUAUCAUCCAAUAGGUACAUCACAUGACAGCUAAAUGUUUUUGUAUUGCUUAUUUAUUCUAUUUUUUUUUAUUUCAUACAUAGGUACAUUAUUUUGAGACCUUCAUGUGAUCAGCGACUUCAGAGUUAAUAAAGAAAAUGUAUUUGACGACAUAUGUUUACAAUUUGCAGGUUGCUCUAUAAGUUAAUGUAAACAUCAAUUGAUUCAUCGAUUAAUCAAUCAAUUGAUUAGUAUUUAACUUAAAUUAAAUUUAUUGAAAACAAAGUAAGUGUAACAGUUUUGUAAAAGAUCAAUAAAAUGUGAUCGCUCAUGAGAGCAGGGAUCCUAGUCCAUAGAGGCAAUUGAACAAUUUUUGUCGAGUUCGGUUAAAUGACAAUCGAGCAAUUCAUUUUCUGGGCAAUGAAAAUUGAAAUUUUGAAUAGCUUUUCCUCGAUACUACAUAUAUGUUUUUGAACAGGGGACUUUAAACUGCUAGAACUUUGGUUUGGUUUGAUAUUCUUGGAUAGCAAUUUUUUUCUAGAACUAUCCUAUGUACAAUUCAAUUCUAGUUUCAGUCUCUUUUCCCUCUUUUAACUAAAGUCCUUUUCCUGUGGACGACUACAAACAUAAAGAAUUGUAUUUAAACAUUACAAUUGUCUCAUAGAUGUAAUAAUUGUUGCCAAAUGUUACCUGUUACAUCACCUGUUGUAAAAUAUCACUUUUAACAACCGUAGAAACGGUGGAAUACCUUAACACAAGAAAUCUAUGAUGUCGACAAGAAAGUAGGUAUGUGUUUAGGUCUGCGAUUAUUAUAAACUAGGGGAUACGUCACCUGGCCGCUAUAUGCGGACCGACCUUUCAAAGGGGGCAUUGCGCCCUGUAAGGCCCUGCCUUUCUCCGUUGGCCACGCGAGUACAUCUGAAUAGAGCGAGCUCAUCUAUAAUAUUAACGAACUAACUAUAAUCUUCACUUGACAGCUGUAAAAAUCAUAAAAAUCGGUCUGGUCGAUCUUAAGAACAAGUUGUGGCAAAAAAUGAACAUACGUAGUAAAAGGAAAAUUUAUAAUGUGUAAUGUGUUAUGUUAGUGUGAUCAGGAAAGUUGGGUGAUUUUCAUAAUUACAUUGUCAUAAUUACAUUGCUUCGUGCUAGAAUUGUUUUACGUUUUAUAUACGUAAACGAGCACAUUCAACCAACUUACUUUCAAGCACUCCCAUUCAUUCACGGGAGCUAUGAUAAAUUAAUUCGCUCUAAUGAUCUUUUUUCGUUUACAUGAAUUACGGCAAUUUUAUUUCAAUGUGAUCCAAUUACCAACUUUCACUGCAACUUCAUGUACAUACCCUGUUGUUAGCAUCUCAUCGUUGAAUCGUCAAAACGGUUGUGAAACCUGUAACAAUAAUUAGAUACAUUUAUAUUUUUGUUUCUCGUGUAACUUACCGAAUAUGUGUACUUGAAAUUAUAUGAGUUUUUCAUAAACA